AUGAUUCUCAACCUACGACGGCUCACAAGAUGUCUAUUCCUGAGCAGCACUCUAGCACCCUCAUUCACUCAGGCGGUAUCCUUGGACGUCAACGAUCUCUCGGCCCUCAAGAAUGCCGCCUCGACAGCCCUCAAGAAUCUGAUGAGCUUCUACACCCCCAAUCCGAGCGGAGUCUUCGACCAGGCCUCAACCCCCUGGCACGAGUCCGGCAUGAUCUGGGGACUCUUCAUGGACUAUGCUAAAUAUACGGGCGAUACCCAGUUCCUCGACGUCGUCACCGGCGCUCUCGUUAAUGCUUCAUACGGUGCUGAACAAGAUCUUCUCGGUGGUGCAAUGUCUUCAACAGCCGCUACUCUGUUAGGACGAUGGAACGACGAUAUUCUAUGGCACAGUUUGGCUACUGUUGGUGGGGCUGAAAUCUAUGGUGCUGAAUCAAUCAUGCCCGGGUCGAAGGGCUCAUGGAUGACCCUUGCUCAAAAGACGUACGACCAAACCUAUCAACAAUGGGACAACGGAUGUGGUGGAGGAAUCUACUGGUCUCGGGAUAGGAAUGGAGCCUCAGCACCCUACAAAUCUCUGAUUACCCAACUGGAAUUCAUCCAACAAGGCGCGCGAAACUUCAUGGAGAACAAGAACAACACGGCCUUAGAUCUGUCGAAGGCGGCGAUGGACUGGGUGUUCUCAUCGGGGCUUGGGAACGCGCAAACAGGGAUCCUGUACGACGGGAUGAACGUGGGCGAGUGUGGAAAGUUUACGACCCAUCUAUGGAGUUACAACUACGGCUCGCUGUUGGGUGCCUUAGCAUGGAUGCACAAGGCCACGGGAAACAACACCUAUCUGGACCUGAUCGGGCCGUUCUACAACUAUGCGAGCCAGACGUUCAGUGGACAGAAUGUGUCGAAUGUGGUGACGGAGACCUGCGAGCCCGGGGCGAGAUGUAACCGAGACCAACAGGGCUUCAAGGCGGUCUAUCUACGCAAUCUGGCCUACACCUAUCGAGAGGCGAGCUCUGAUUCGAUCAAGAACUCAAUCAAAACCACCGUCGAUGCGUCGGUUGCAGCCAUGGUCCAAAACUCGUGUGACAACGAAUGGUUCUGUAACGGCAACUGGACCGCCGAUGCCAGCCCGGUCAAAUACGUCCGCUCCCAACACGUCUCCGCCGCCCUCUUAGUCUCUGCCCUCGGCAUCCAUCUCAAUCCUGAGGGCGGCCUCUUGCCCAAGAUCACCCCCGGCCAGCUCGUCGAUACCACCAAUGGCGCCGCUGGGCUUGGGUCUGGUAGCACUAAGAAUCCCGGGAAAGUCACCAGCAAACCGCUCGCGGCUGCCCCCGGCCUUUCCGUCACCUUCUCGUCCCUCUUCUUCGGCUUCUUCAUCGCUUCUAUUUCGUCCUUCUCUCCGCUAGACCUGAUUCCUUCUUAAACCCAUACCCCCCCUU